GCGUACAACGCGAUAUGUGUAAUAUGAAUGGUCAGCGUCAUUGCACUGGUGAACGCAGUCCUAAAACGAAAAUAAUUAUCGAGAAAUGUUAACGUUUACGGUUUAUGCGGUGGUGAUAGCUGUGACUGUGACGGUGACGGCGAUCGAGCAACCGGAUGAGGUCGGUCCUGCGGGAAUGUUCGAGAAAUCCGUUUCAGAAAUGAUGGCUCGCAACCAGAAUAUAACGAGGGAUGUUGCGGAGAUGUUAGUGGCAGCCGAGUCAAUGGGUAAUGCAAAAGCGGCGGAAAAUGUGGAUUCUGACACUGUGGCGGCGAUGACUGAGAAACUUAACCGAGCACUGACAGCCAUGGACGAAGUUCAAAAAACCGCGGCUGACGUUUACGACCGGAGUUACGAUGACUUCCUGGACCUGUAUCCGGCGUGGCGUAUGUACCUGCUUUGCGACGACCCUAAGCACAAGAAAGCUCUGUUGCGAAGCUACAAAUCGUUAUUGGCCCGGUACAAUACGGGCCGGAAAGCGCUCAUCCAGGAUCUAGGUGUGCUCGUGGCACUCGAGAAGGCACUGCUACCGUCUAACGCAUACGUCGACCCCGACAAUCGAAUCUCGCCAUCAGACGACAUAGCAGCGGUGCUUGAAAAUUUUUGAUCGAGUUUUCAGUUUCCGGUUUUGUUUUUUUAUGCUUUUUAUUUUAUGUAUACGAUUAUUUUAUAAACACCAUAAUCGAUGUACGACGUAUGUACGCCAAUUUACGUGACGUUGUUAUGAUAUUAUACGCAUUUUGAACGUCGUGAGUAAGCUGAUAUUGUAACAUUAUAUUAUUAAAUAUAUAUUUAUAAAUAUUGUGCGUAAUAUAAUACGCGUUGACGGUACUUACCUAUUAAUAUAUUAUAUUUAUAUAUAUUUUGUGGUACCUAUAUAUGUAUAUAUUAUAUCAUUAUACACACAGGUGUAUCUGAAA